AACACAAAAAAAGAGAAAUAAGGAAGCCAUUCCUCUUGUCAUCAUUCAUCGAAUUGCAACAGAAAUGAUGAAGCAUCAAUACCAACAAUUCCGAAAUGCUGACAUUGUUGAAAAGGUUUUUGUUAGGACAGCUUCCACAACCGCCAGCAAUGAGAAUAAUUCGCCAUACUAUGUGAGUUUACAAGACGUUCAGGAUGUGUUUCCAGAUGCAUUGCGGUUCAAGUUGGAGGGACUUCCUAUCCCCUUCCUUGUGGACGCUAAUGGCAACAGAAUUGAACCUCUACGCAUCGCAUUCUAUCCUGAUAAGAUCCUGGAUGUGAUUACAAAAGUACCACAGCCCAAUAGCAGCAACAGCGACGUCGCCAUCCAUUUGCCUACAUCGAGGGGGUCGACACUUUCGGCCUUUCAGGAACUUGGUUUAUCAUCACGUUUGGUUCAAUCUUCCAACCCAUCCCUUAUUUCCCACAACGAUACACAAAUCGGGACGAUCAGGCCUGACCUUGAUGAGAUUAAAGAACUGUUACUGGAGGGCAGAGAGAACGACAACAUGCUGCUUAAACUACAAUUGGAAGCUAAAGAGAGUCACGAGAAAAUGCUUAAAUUGCAAUCGGAGGUCCUUACUUUGCAACAUCUAGCUCUUGACAGACUUGCUAUCCUUCAAAAGCAUGCUAAAGCUAUCCUCGUCCAAAACUUUGAACUACACGAGUACUCCAUCCCUCGACUCUUUAUCAUUUUCCCUGUCGACCGUCUCAAGUGGGACCCAAGGAAUAUCCUGAGCAACAAGCUCCGCCUCUACUUCCUGUGUGAAUGUGGAGAUACCACCAAAUCAGGCGAGAGCGAUCAUGAACAAAUCCAUAUUGCUAAACAUGACGGAUAUGAGGUCCGAAAUGGCACGGAAUUCUUCCGCAAAUAUGGAAAGUACAUGCUCAUCCUUUUACAGUGGCUCAAGUUAGGGAUGAAAACAACCCCGGUUACUGAGCUGACACCAGUCCCAAAUGUGAUCGAGGCCGGUCUCAAUUACUCAAUCGAGUAUAUGAAGGCACUCUCUAUUGAGUAUCCGACCUUGAAAAACAUCAAUACAAUCGACGACUAUGAGAAACUUGAAGGAGCAGAUCUCCGACAGCUGAGCGCAUUCCUUCGAAUCAAUGAUGAAGAACAGCAACAUGGAAACUUGUACAGGACCACGACAGAAGCAGGCCAUGUCAAAUGGGUUUGUCUCGACCACUAUCAUUCAGCAUAUAGAGAAAAAGAGCAUAAAGCUUUCGUGAAUGCAGUGGAGGUGAAUGGAGGCAAAUAUAAUCCGCACCUCGGUAAAGCGAGUGUGACAUUGAACUCUAGAAUCAGAGCUGAAGAAUUCUUUGGAACUCUGACUAAUGCGAAGCGCGUUUACGAGCUGCAUAUCGUAUUCCGCUGGGAAUGGACCAAGGCUGAUCUUGAAGCGUUCAAGGACGCACUAAAGGAGUCCAGUGUAUCGAUCCUUCGACUUGAACUUGGAUUGUUUCAAGAAAGUGCCGCCAGGAAAAUACUCUCAACGUCCACACCAUAUGAAAUAUUGUUUCGCAUCAUAGAGCACCGGAGGUUGAGAGUGGUUUAUAUUAUUCUACCCUCGAGCCUCAUAAAAGUCCCUAGUCUACCACCCAAAAGAUCAACACAUCUUCACAAGUUAACCAUUGAAGUGAAUCCUCAACGGAUUGGACCUAGUGAAAUUCGAGCACUUGUGGCUUCACUCAAGACCAACACGGCCUUGACUUCCUUGGACUUGAAAGGCAACUCAAUUGGGAUCGAAGGAGUUCAGACGCUAUCGGAUGCACUUAAAACCAACACUACUUUGACCGCUAUGAGCUUGAAGGGCAACUCAAUUGGGGAUGAAGGAACCCUUGCACUGUCAAAGGCACUCAAGGCCAACAAGACUCUGGCCAUUUUGGAUUUGGAAGCCAACUCGAUUGGAGAAGAAGGUGCGCUUGCGCUGUCAGAGGCACUCAAGGUUAACAAGGCUUUGACCACUAUGGGCUUAAGUUGGAACAAGCUUGGAGAUGAAGGGACUACUGGUCUGUCAGAGGCGAUCAAGACCAACAAGGCUUUAACUACUUUGGACUUGAAUUACAACUCCAUUGGGAAAGGAGGGGCUCGAGCACUGUCAGAAGCACUUAAAGUUAACAUGGGUUUAACCACCUUGGACUUGAAUUACAACUCUAUUGGGAAAGAAGGAGCCCUUGCACUCUCUGAAGCGCUCAAGGUGAAUACGACUUUGAUCACCAUGAGAUUAUGGAAAAACUCAAUUAGGGAUGAAGGAGCUCUUGCAUUAGCAGAGGCGCUCAAGGUCAAUACGGGUUUGACCACAAUGAGCUUAUGGAACAACUCAAUUGAGGCUGAAGGAGCUCUGGGGCUGUCAGAGGCACUCAAGACUAAUAGGACCUUGACCACUUUGUACUUGAAUGACAACUCGAUCGGAGCUGAAGGAGCUCUAGCACUGUCAGAAGCACUUAAGGUCAACACAGUUUUGGAUACUUUGGGAUUGGCUAGUAAUUCAAUUGGGAGAAAUGGAAUCUUAGCAUUGUCAGAGGCUCUCAAGAUCAACAAGGCUUUGUCCACUCUGGGAUUGAGUGACAACUCAGUUGGGGACGAAGGAGCUUUGGCAUUGUCAGAGGCACUCAAAACAAAUACGACGCUGACGACUUUGUACUUGAGGAGCAGCUCAGUUGGGGAUGAAGGAGCUAUGGCACUAUCAGAGGCACUUAAGACCAACAAAGCUUUGAACACUAUAGACUUGACGGAUAACCCAAUUGGGGAUGAAGGAACUCUGGCGCUGCUAGAGAUGCUCAAGAUCAACACAGCUUUGGUCCUCAGUAGGUGAGCAGAGGUUUGAUCGAAGAAGAAAAAUAAGAAAAAAACCCCCCCAAGAAGCUCUGGUACUGCUUGAAGGUACUCAAUAUUGUCUGAUCAGCUUUGAAUGAUUUAUUUGAGUUGCUUGGCUACACAUAGUUUAUUCGUUGAUAGAGUGUGGAAGCAGUGAAGGGAUAUAGAUAGACUUAUUUAAAUAAAUAUUAUAGAUAGC